CAACAAAUUGUACUUACUGUACGUGGUCGGUCAUCAGUCUCAGUGGCUGGGGUGCGUUUAGCUCGCUAUAGAUCGCGCCUCUCCCAUUUUCCACAUUUUGGAUUGGUCAGUGCUCGGCGCAAGCGGCGUCCAGUAAACUGUUGCGGGCUGGCAAGUGCUCUAAGAAUAUCCCUCCCUCCACUCCCCCCGUCAGAAUCCCCCCGCUUGACGACAUUCCGAAACCCCCAAUUUCGAACCCGACUUCGCCCAUUCAAUCACCCACAUCCACAACUGCAUUUCGAUCACCUGCCGCGUAUUCAUCCGCUUUUGCGCUUUUUGUCUGUCGAAUACGCGUAAGGCUAUUCGAUACAAAAAUCAAUACAGACAGCUCGCGUCAACGCACCAAGCAAACAAUCAGCCCGACUUCGAACCGCGAACUAUCGAUCUGUGUGUGGCACGCCCGCCAUGUCAUCGGGUGCCGCUGGGCUCGGGCAUGAGACGGCCCGGGGUCUUGACGCUCACGGCGGCGCCUCUGUCCGCUCUACUCGCGGUCAUCACCAUGCCCCGUCGCUAGACGCCAUCGCUACUCAGAAUACCGAGAUUGAGGACUCACGAUCGUCGUCAUCGACCAACUCGCCCGUGCCCAACGAGAAUGAAGAAUCCGACUUUUUCCUUGGCGCCAACGAUUCCCAGUCGUCCCUCGGCGUCCCCAACCUGCAAGAUAUGCAAGUAACGGACGAUUACGAUUGUCUGGCGGCGGUUAACAAGCUUCCCAACGAGAUUCUUAUCAGCAUCUUCUCGCGCCUCUCGUCGACGGCCGACCUGCGCAACUGCAUGUUAACAUGUAAGCGCUGGGCCCGCAAUACGGUUGAUCAGCUAUGGCAUCGGCCAUCUUGCACCAGCUGGGACAAGCACGCUAUGAUCUGCCGAACCCUCACCAUCGAAUACCCAUACUUUUCCUACAAGCACUUUGUCAAGCGACUGAAUCUUGCCCAGCUCGCCGAGAAAGUCAACGAUGGAAGCGUUAUGCCUCUGGCCGUGUGCAAUAGGGUCGAACGCCUGACGCUGCCCAACUGCAAGGGUCUGACCGAUUCCGGCUUGACCGCCCUUGUCACGAAUAACGAUCACUUGCUCGCGCUUGAUAUGUCUGGGGUUGAACAGGCCACGGAUGCCUCCAUACUCGCCAUCGCAGAGCACUGCAAGAGGCUUCAGGGCCUCAACGUCUCAGGAUGUACCCGCAUCUCCAGCGAGGCGAUGGCAGUUCUUGCCCAGAGUUGCCGAUAUAUCAAAAGGUUAAAACUCAACGAGUGUAGGCAACUUGGUGACGAAGCUGUCUUGGCAUUUGCCGAGAAUUGCCCCAACCUACUCGAGAUUGACCUUCUGCAAUGCCGAAUGGUGGGAAAUGCUUCCAUUACUGCUCUGCUUUCCAAGGGACAGUCGUUGCGGGAACUUCGACUCGUCUUUUGCGAACUCAUUGACGAUGGCGCUUUCCUUUCUCUGCCACGAAACCGGACUUAUGAGCACUUGAGGAUCCUUGAUCUCACCUCGUGCAUACAGUUGACAGAUCGCGCCGUAGAGAGGAUUAUCGAGGUGGCUCCGCGCCUCCGCAACUUGGUGCUCUCGAAAUGUAGAGCUAUCACGGACACGGCCGUCUACGCCAUCUCCCGACUGGGCAAGAACCUGCACUAUGUACAUUUGGGCCACUGCCAGAACAUCACAGACGAGGCCGUCAAGCGGUUGGUGCAUUGCUGCACUCGUAUCCGCUAUAUUGAUCUGGGCUGUUGCAUUCACCUGACAGACGAGUCCGUCACAAAGCUAGCCACCCUUCCUAAGCUCAAGCGUAUUGGUCUGGUCAAGUGUUCUGGGAUCACGGAUGAGAGUAUUCUGGCGCUUGCUAAGGCCAACCAGAAACAUCGUCAGCGCCGAGACCACCAAGGAAACCCCAUUCACGGUUCUUUCCACAGCCAGAGCAGCCUCGAACGUGUGCAUCUAAGUUACUGUACCAACUUGACAUUGAGGGGAAUUAUUAAACUGCUUCAAGCAUGCCCUAAAUUGACACAUCUCAGCUUGACAGGCGUUCAGGCAUUCCUGAGAGACGACUUGGCUCAAUUUUGCCGUGAUGCACCUCAAGAAUUUACCGAAAACCAACGCAACGUCUUCUGCGUCUUUUCGGGCCAGGGCGUCGUCAGCCUUCGCCGAUACUUGAAUACCAACUUGUUUGAUGACUUCCACGACAGGCCUGCACGGCGUCAUUCGGUUCCAGGCGGCGGCGUACACACUCACCCCCCGGGUGCCGUCGCAGACCUUCACGCAACAUUGGACGCAUCUUUCGACGAUCAGGAACCUGACACUGUAGAGGACGAUGCGGCAUACGACGCAGACAUGACGAUGGACGGCGCGAUCCCACCGCCACCUCCUCCGCCACCCGCACCCGGCGCGCCCAAUAUACAUUACCAAAGUGUGUUCCCCGGAUACCCAGCACCUGAUGCAACCGUAACUCUCGAAGGCGGACUUGCCGGUCCAUCGCAUGGAACUGAACAACAGGAAGACUCAAACGCUGGCACAGGUGGACUCAACGCUUCGAGGGCUGAGAUGUUUCCUGGCGUUCCGAACCAAUCUCUGAAUCACGAUAGGGCAAGAGGUGUGCCAUCUCUGGCGCAGGCUACCAUGAGGCAAGACCAAGGCUUUGCGAGUGGUAGCGGGUUGGAGGCCGGCUUGGCGGGUCCUACGCCGUCCGCAAGUAUGGGAUCAAGACAUAAUGUUGUUGAGGAUAUCAGUCCUGUGUCUUCCAACGGAAACACACCUGAGCCGCCUGCAUAAACAUAAUGUGUCUGGGAGAGACUUGAAUACAGGGCAAAGAAAAGCCUAUGGAGUGAUUGUAUGAGGCGAAAGGAAGCUGGCAAAAGGUCAAGACAAGAUGGGCAACAAGACCGGCCAUCUGGGUUUAUGAGUUGUCAAAGCUCUCACUGGCUUUUGUUUCCCCAUCUUUCAGUCUGCGUUAUUCAUUUGAUUGCUGUCGAAGUUUUUUUUUGUUUGUGUUUUAUUCUUCCAAGUUUCUAGACUGUUCACGACCGGAUCGUUCCAGGGAAACCCGAAAGACAUACUUAAACCAGACCGAAAUGAAAAGGGCUGUGGCAUUGCGAGUCAUGUGUGCGAUGACGUUGGAAGGAGCGUUAUUGUUUCUUAUUCUUUUUCUUUGUUCUCCUAUGUAAUGUCAGUGGGUUGGUGGUGCAAACCAAACACGCCCUUGGUCUUUUGCCAGCAAGCGGAGAUGAAAGUCGUCAGAUUAUAUGGAUUCAUUUGUUUGGUAUAGCCUAGGAAGCUUGACGGGCGGGGCUGCAAGGAGAUGAGGGUGUAUAUUACUGCAUGCAGACAAGGAAUACGGGAUAUACUUCUUUCAAUUUUUUUUCUUUGGGAGUUGUGUGAGCAUGCAUGCUGACUUUGUUGGGACGUGGAGUCAAAACAAAAUUAUUGUUCAUUUAUCUGUUGGUCGUCUUGAGUUUGUGUUUUUCAUCCCUCGGGAAUGAUUAUUGGGGAUGGGCGCUUCGUUGAUUAUUCUCCUUUUUUGUACCUCUCUUUUACUCUUGUCAGAGUUAUAAGGGCUCUUCGUCAUAGCUUGGCUUUUGACGGUGUGUGACAUGGCAUAGAAAGGGAAGAUGGGAUGGAGGAAUGGAGAUCCAAGGAUCUUGGUGUAGGCAAAGAGACAAGAGUCAAGAGCUGGCUGUGAACAGUAGUACUGUGUUCCCCGUCGAGAAAGGAAGGUCCUGUGAGAGACAGAAUAAGAAAGAAAUAAGGAAUUAUAUGUCUUGCUUUCCCUUUGCAUCUUAUGAAAAUGCAUAUUUUUUUUUCCCUCUCUCUUUUUCUCCGUGUCCUGAGUGGGUUUGACAGGAAGAAAAGAUAGGAUGUGGGAGACUUUUUAGGGGGGAAAAAAUUUGUUGGAGAAACAAAAGAUGAGGAUAUUACCGAUAGUAGUUUGUAUGUAUCCAGUAUCAAUGCUGCGUUCAAGUCUUUUUGGUUUCGGAGGGGCUGGGGUGGUGCUAGGAAAUCGAACCGUUGACGGAACUGGGACAGUUAUGAAGACGGAGAUGCGGGUUUUUCUUUCUUUAUUGGGAAUGCACGGCAUUAGUUAGAGCCGUUCUGCCUUUGCUUUGUUGCUUGAAGCUAAUGCCUCCUCUCUAGGUUGAUCGGCGACAAGGACGCGGACUACCACUAAAUUCGUCAACCGGCGGCGCGAGUGUGAGUGGGGGGUCGUUGAUCGGAAGUUGCCAAGGUUGUACGUCUUGUGGGGAAUCUCCCAGCGCGUGCUGUUUGUGUUUA